AUGGAAGAGCAGGUCAAGGACUACACCGAAGAUGCCGACUCAGACGAGCAUAAGAAGAAGGACCAUGACUGGAAUAAACUCUUCGACGAGUUCAAGCAACUGCGAGAACAAGUUUCUGCGAUCAACCUCAAGCAGCUAUCCGACGACAUCAAGGGCCUCUGCGAACGCUUCGACGAAUUGAACCUACGUCUACCCAGCGUCGAUACAUCGAAGACCAUUGCGCCGGCGGAGCCCAGUUCAGAGCUGGAGAGGAUCGUACGUCAAAUGGAUGAAACAAAAAAGGAGCUUCAUAGUGUCCGAAAAGAAACCUUCGAAAUCAAUCUUCUCAUCGAAAAGACAUGGCAGAAGGACCGCAGUACGGACGCUAUCGACCAUUUGAAAGUGAAGCGACGUCGCCUACAGUCGAAGGAAUCAAGAUUGGAAGAGGAAAUGCGGGACCUGGAAAUGCGAUUGGAACGAGAAAGGAACGGAAAACACCGCAACACCGAAGAAAAAGUUCGUUCAAGACGACACGACCAGCCACAGGAGGAACGAAUUUAA